GUUAAGCGACCAACUUUAAGCGGGCAUGGUGCCGGGGGCGGGCGGGUGGCGACCCUGGCACUAACUUUGUUUCAGGAACUGGGCGAGGCCGCCGGCCGCCUGCGGGCCCGGACAGAGUUCGGGGUGUGCACGGUUUCUCCUCCGGGAAGAGCACGGUCCAUGGAGCAGAGCUAAGGGAAGGCGCAGGGAGAGGCGCGGUGUGCGAAAAGCAACGCCACCCAGCCCGGAGGAGGUGUCCCGGGGUCCGGCGGGCCGGAGGCGGCGGCAGCGGAGCCGCGGGCUCCCUCCAGCCGCCAACAUGAACGACCUUUCCUUCGAUGAGACGGCCUUGGAUCCUUCCCUGGCCCUGGGCGAGUCCAGUGACAUCGACUCGGCUCUGCUCAGUGACAUCGAAGAUAUGCUUCAGCUGAUCAACAACCAGGACAGCGACUUUCCCAGUCUCUUUGACUCUAGUUAUGGUGGGGCUGCACCCACCUUCCAGGAUGUUGCCUCUUCUGGGGGCCUGUCCCCAACCCCCAGCUCUCUCGGCUCCACUCUCGACAACUUCUUGGGGAGCACCAAGGUGCCCACCCACGUUAAGAUGUACCAGCCGCCCCCUCCUGCUCCUCCUGCGAUGAGCAGCUUCCAGCCCCCGCAGCUGAUAGCAGGACCUGACCUGGGCCAGGCCUCGCCGGGCAUCAAGGAGGAGCCCAUGCAGCUUUCCAUCCUGCAGCCUUCCCCCCCUCAGCUGCUAUCCCAGCCUGUGCUGCCACCCCCGAUGGCACCACAGCCACCUCCCCCGUCCCAGCCCCAGCUGCAGUCUCAACCCCAGCCUCAGCCUCAGCCCCAGCUGCAGCCACAGCAGGCACAGCCACCACAACCACAGCCACCACAACCACAGCCACAGCCACAGCCACAGGAGCUACAGCCACCGGGAGUCAUGGUGCCCCAGAGUUUUGUUACUACUUCCUCCUCAGUUACCUCUCCAUCUCUACUAGAUUACCAAGGCCAGAGCAGUUUCCAGCGCCUGGGAAGGGAUAAUACCUCAGUGAGAAUGAAGUCAUCAGGUCUUCUCCUGGCACAGAAUGAGAUCUGGGGGGAGGGGUACCUGAAAAGAGCUGUUCCUCCUGGUAAUGUCCAGCAGCCCCUGUCUCCUCAGGGGUCAUUGCCCGUCACCAUCCAAGCCCAGGUUCAGAAUAUCUGCCCACAGCCGUUGCUGACGGCACCUGCCCAGGUUGUCUCCUCCCAGAUCCAGCAGGUCCCAGUCCUGCUCCAGCCUCACUUCAUCAAGGCUGAUUCACUGGUCCUGACAGCUGUGAAGACUGAUGUGGGCACAGGAGUGAAGACCUCAGGAAUCAAUACUUUGGCCACCACCACAGCAGUGCAGUCGGCCCCCCUGCAGGUCCCGACCCUGGUGAGUGGAGGCACCAUUUUGGCCACCGUGCCCCUGGUGGUAGAUGCCGACAAGCUGCCCAUCAAUCGUCUUGCUGCUACAGGCAAGACCCCCAGCUCCCAGAGCAAAGGGGAGAAGAGAACAGCUCACAAUGCUAUUGAGAAGCGUUAUCGAUCCUCUAUUAAUGACAAGAUUGUGGAACUCAAAGACCUGGUGGUGGGGACUGAGGCCAAGCUGAACAAGUCAGCCAUCCUGAGGAAGGCCAUUGACUACAUCCGAUUCCUGCAGCAGACCAAUCAGAAGCUGAAGCAAGAGAACUUGACUCUCAGGAUGGCCAUGCAGAAGAACAAAUCCCUGAAAGACCUGGUAUCAUCAUCGUGCAGUGGUGGAAGCAUGGACGUACCAAUGGAGAUCAUCAAGCCAGAGAUGGUGGAUGCGCUGACCCCGCCACCCUCCGAUGCUGGCUCCCCCUCCCGCAGCAGCCCCCUGUCCUUGGGUAGUGGUGGCAGUGGCAACAGCAGUGACUCAGAGCCCGACAGCCCGAUCUUUGAAGACCCCAAGGUGAAAAAGGAACAGCUCCCCUCCCCCAGCAGCCUGGGCAUGCUGGACCGAUCACGAUUGGCCCUGUGUGCCUUUGUCUUCCUCUGCCUUUCCUUCAACCCGUUGGCCUCCCUUCUGGGCAGGAACAGUGGCCAGAGCCAGGCUGACACCGCCAACCUCUACCAUGUGCCUGGACGCAGCAUGCUAGGCACAGAGGGCAAAGGUAGUCCCAGCUGGUCUCAGUGGCUGCUGCCCACUUUGUUUUUCUGGAUGCUCAAUCUGUUGGUGGUCCUGGCGGUCUUCAUCCGCCUCUUCAUCUAUGGCGAGCCCAUCACCAGGCCCCACUCGGGACCCUCGGUCUUGUUUUGGAGACACCGCAAGCAGGCUGAUUUGGAUCUGGCCCGGGGGGACUUCGCCCAGGCCUCACAGAACCUGUGGCUGGCCCUCCGAGCCCUAGGCCGGCCUCUGCCCACCUCCCAUUUGGACCUGGCCUGCAGCCUCCUCUGGAAUCUCAUCCGCCACUUCCUUCAGCGGCUCUGGGUGGGACGUUGGCUGGCUGACCGGGCCGGGGGCCUCCUGCGCGAUCGGGAGCUGCAGGCGGAUGUCAGAGCUAGCUCCAGAGAUGCAGCCCUUGUCUACCAUAAGUUACACCAGCUGCAUAUGACAGGGAAGUACACCAGCGGCCACUUUGCUGCCAUCAACCUGGCAUUGAGUGCCCUCAACUUGGCUGAGUGUGCAGGCACUUCCAUCUCCGUGGCAACCUUAGCUGAGAUCUAUGUGGCCGUGGCGCUCCGGGUCAAGACGAGCUUUCCUCGGGCCCUCCAUUUCCUGACGCGCUUCUUCCUGAGUAGUGCCCGCCAGGUGUGCCUAGCCCAGAGCGGCACCAUGCCCCCUGCCAUGCAGUGGCUUUGCCAUCCUGUGGGACACCGCUUCUUCGUGGACGGGGACUGGACAGUGAGGAGCACCCCCAGGGAGAGUCUCUACAGCUCCACAGGGAACCCAGUGGAUCCCCUGGCCCAGGUGACACAGCUGUUUCGGGAGCAUCUGUUGGAGAAAGCCUUGGGCUGUGUGGCCAAGCCUGAACAGACCCUGGCUUCGGCUGACGGGGACAGAGAGUUCUCUGAUGCCCUCGAGUACCUGCAGCUGCUAAACGGCUGCUCAGAUGCCGCCGGGGCCCCUGCCCUCAACUUCUCCAUCAGUUCCAGCAUGGCCACGACCACCGGUACUGACCUUGUGGCCAAGUGGUGGGCGUCCCUCAUUACAGUGGUAAUUCACUGGCUCCAGCGGGAUGAUGAGGGGGCAGAGGCUCUCUACCCUAUGGUGGAGUAUAUGCCCAAAGUCCUACAGGCUUCCGAGAAGCCCCUGCCUCGGGCAGCCCUGCACUCCUUCAAGGCAGCCAGGAUGCUUCUGGGAAAGCAGAAGCAGGAGCUUGGUCAGGCCAGCCUGAGCCAAUGCGAGAAGGCCAGCAGCUACCUACGGGAUAGCCUGACCACGGGGCCCUCUGCAGCCACUGCCGGUGCUUCUAUUGAUAAGGCCAUCCAGCUCCUCCUGUGUGAUCUGCUCCUGGUGACACGCACCAGCCUGUGGCAGCAGCAGGUGGGCGCUGCCCAGCCCCCCAGCUGUGGCUACCAGGCCUCGGCCCUGGAACUUAGAGGCUUCCAGCAGGACCUCAGCAGUCUUCGGCGUUUGGCGCAGUCCUUCCGGCCUGCCAUGAGAAGGGUCUUCUUACAUGAAGCUACUGCCCGGCUGAUGGCUGGAGCCAGCCCCACUCGGACCCACCAACUCCUGGACCGAAGCCUGAGGAGAAGGGCAGCCCCGAGCAACAAAGGACCAGCUGAGCUGGAGACUCGGCCCACACAGAGGGAACACGCAGAGGCCCUACUGCUCGCCUGCUGCUAUCUGCCCCCCACCUUCCUGUCGGCACCGGGCCAGCGAGUGGGGAUGCUGGCAGAGGCUGCCCGAACCCUGGAGAAGCUGGGAGACAAGAGGAUGCUGCACGACUGCCAACAGAUGAUUAUCAGGCUGGGCAGUGGGACCACUGUCACCUCGGGGUAACUGGGCCUCUCAGCCUCUCCAGAACCCCAGCCGGAUGACUGUCCCAGACCACCCAGUCCCCAUCCAGGACCACCCUAGAAUCUCUAUGCUUGCUUGGGUCCUAGCCAGGGCCUAGGACCUUUGAACUUUGUUGUCAUGGCAGCGUCACCAGGGCCCCCUGUAACUAGGGCUCCAGAGAUACAGGAUAUGGACGGAGGUGGCCAUGUGGCCUCUUUCUCUUCCUCUGUCACAGACCUGGAAGCCUCCCCACAUCCACUGGCCUCCUACCAAGAGGAGCCAGCAUGACCCUAGACCCUUUUUCAUUCAAAACCCCCUUUUCCCCACCUCUAACCUUGAGAAGCCAUGGAGUGUAAUGGGGGGGAAAAGCUGGAUUUAGAGACAGGAUCAAGGUUCAAGCCCCAGCUCUGACCUCUGAGCCCCAAUUUUCUCAUCUGUAAAAUGGAAGGGCUGGACUAGAUGACCUUUCCAAUUCUAUGAUCCUAUCAAAGAAAACAGGUCCUGGACACAUCCUGAUGGAGGUCCCGGGGUGGGGUGGGGUGGGGAGGGCAGGCAGAGUGUGUGAAUUUUGUUUGGGUGAUCCACCCCACCCUGAUGGAAGAGGUGGUGGCAAUACCCUUCCCUCCCUGCCCUCCCACCCUCCCCCAACUAAUCACUGGGUAAUUUGAUGCCUGUCAUUUAUUGUGUUUAAUGGGCCAAGGCUAAUGAGAACUUUGCCUUUUCCUUGGUAAUCAACCCUCAGAUAGGGAGUAAGGAGGGGGUGCAGGUGACUGGAGGGGCCCCAGGUGAAAGGCUGGGGAAGGAGAGGAAGUGGUGGUAGUUUUCCCAAAGGACUCUUGCCUCCCCUCCAUCCUGUCACGGUAGGCAGCAAGAUUGCUGGGUGAGAUGCUGCUGACCUCUGGUGGUCCCUUGGGAGAUUGCAAGGGCUUAUGUGGCUACCCGCUCAGGCAGGGCCCAUCCACAUUGAGCCCUCCGUUCAAAGCCUAUAGGGCACUGGUCUCAAAGCCAGGAAGACUUGGGUUCAAGUCCCACCUCUGAUAGAUAGUGGCUCAGUGCCCUAGGCAGUUCUCCAUGGCCUCUGGAAGCUUCCUAUGUUGAUGAAUCCCCGGUGCCACGCCAAGGGCUUCCUAAUCUUGAUGGAACCAAAUAGUGUAUUCUUUCCUGUUCUGAAUUGACUGCUUUGGGGGAGGGGAAAUUAGUUGUCCUGAAGCAGAUGUCCUUACCCUCUGGAGCAGAGGGAGGCUUGAAGGAAAGGCCCUCCAUACAGGAGAAGAGCUUCUGCUGUUCAUAGGUCUGCUUGCCCUCUCCCGCAUACUCUGGGUGGCCUCACAUGCCAAAAUAAUGAUGGGGCUGGGGGGCUCUGCCCCGGCCCUCUCAGCCUGACUCCCUUCCUCCCUGCACCAUCCCCCAGGCCCCCACUCCAUUCUCCCCAUCCCUCAGGCUCUCUACUGCAAAAGGAGUUUCUCCCUGUUCCCCUUGCAACCAGGGGUUGGGGUUGUUGCCCUGUGGGCCGCAGGAGGCCUUUACUCCCAAAGUUCUCUGGCCUUCUUAGGAGGGGAGGUGGGUCCCUGCUCUCAGGCCACUAUGGGCUCUAAUCAGUGGCCCCUGAGGGUCACACUACUGGAAGAGGAGGAAGCAGGUCCGGGGCCGUGUGGCUGACCCUGUACAUAUGUAUAUAUUGUCACUACCCCUCCUCGCCACUGCACUAGCCUCCCAAAAGUCUUGGGAGACAGCUGUACUACUUUUUUCCUUCGCAAACUUUUAUUUUCAUAGUGUGAGAAGAGUUUUGUACAGAAAAUUAAAAGGAGAAAUUAUUUAUAA